AUAACUUAAACGCCGUCGCCGCCGCGCCUCACCGCCUCUAAAUCCCGGAAAAUGCCGCCGAAGUUCGACCCUUCCCAAGUUGUAGAUGUCUACGUCCGUGUCACCGGAGGAGAGGUCGGUGCUGCUUCGUCACUCGCCCCCAAAAUCGGACCACUCGGUCUCUCCCCCAAGAAAAUAGGUGAAGACAUAGCCAAAGAAACCGCCAAGGAUUGGAAGGGUUUGCGUGUUACCGUCAAGCUCACUGUUCAAAAUCGUCAGGCUAAAGUCUCCGUCGUCCCCUCCGCCGCCGCUCUAGUCAUCAAAGCCCUGAAGGAACCGGAACGCGAUCGUAAGAAGGUGAAGAACAUCAAGCAUUCGGGCAACAUAUCUCUAGACGAUGUCAUUGAGAUUGCAAAAGUGAUGAGACCGAGGUCCAUGGCGAAAGAAUUGACUGGAACAGUGAAAGAGAUCCUCGGUACGUGCGUUUCGGUUGGGUGUACUGUCGAUGGGAAGGAUCCAAAGGAUUUACAACAGGAGAUUGCUGAUGGUGACGUUGAAAUCCCUCUCGAUUGAUCACUUUAGGGUUUUGAUUGUACUGAAGAGGGUGUCAAUGAUCCAAGGAACGACGGAGACAAAGAUUACGAACAACCACUUGCAGCAAGGAUCAUCGAGGUCGAGGAGC